GUUCAAGGGAAUGGAGAAAGCAGGCUCCUCCCCUGAGAGUCCGCCAUGCCCCUCCCCUUGCUGCCCACUGCGAGAUCUGUAAAUGGAGGCCCUGUCCAAAGGCUCCUCAGCCCCUCCCCUGCCCUCGGAAUUGUGAGCUAAGAGCCAGGCUAAGGGGCUGGACCCACAUCCAUGCAUCCUCGCCUGGGCUGGACCCCCACUUCAACAACAGCAGGAAAGAGUGCGGGGCGGGGCCCCAGCCCCAUAUAGGAAUGUCUGAUCCCCAGAAUUGGGUUUAACGGGGUUACCCGGACAACCCGCGGGGAGGCUGGCGAAAGAGCAGUGUCCUGUUCUCAAGUGGUCAGCCAGGUCUGCAUGCAGGAGGUGGCCUCUGGCCUCCAGGGAAGGGGUGGCAGUGUGCGCGAUGAAGAAGGACAAGAGACACCACUGCUGGAGAGGACACCUUCAUCCUCACCUGCCACUCAGGCUGCCUGGCCUCAUGCUUGUCACAGGGGACCCCAGUCUGCACUCAAGUUGCGUCCCCUGUAGGGAAAAAGGAAGACAAGGUCAGCGCAUCUUGAGCCAUGAGCAUUCCGUUUCUCAGAUGACUGAACUUUCCUGGAAGGAUGUUAUUAAUGCCUUAUCCCUGGCCAACAUGGUUCUGGGGCUCUUCUCCAUCUUCUGCAGCUUCAGCAGGAAAUCGCACUGUGCUUCCUGGAUGCUUCUCAUCAGCUUCCUGUUAGACAUGGCAAUAGGGACGAUGACCAGAUACCUCAACAUCUGCCACAAACUGGCAGGGCUUGAACUGAAUGACUUCGCUGUCUUCACCACCUUUGGCCUGGCCUCAGCUCUGCUCCUUGGUGUGGAUGGGCCUCUGAAUGGGUUCCUGGCCGUCAUCUAUGUGCUAACAACUUCUUUCCGCCUGUGUUUUUAUUCAACUGGAGGAGGUCCCUCUGCAUACAAGGGUCUACCCUGCCCCUAUGCUUCCUGCGUUUUGGCCUCCACCUGCCUUCUGACCAAGGGAAACACAUUUAUUCUCUGCUGCAUGGCUUCACUCAUGAUUCUAUUCAUGAUCGACCAGAGUUGCUACCCACAUGAUGAAAUUCUGGAGUCGGAGAACUGGAAAAAAGUGGUUUAUAUGGGAGGGAAGGUCAUCAGAGAUUCAAAUAGGUACCCUCUGCCUAGCAGGUACCGAGUUCCAGACUCCAGAAGUGGCUGUUCAACACAGAUCAGGUGUUAUCAUGCUGUUUAUCUCUCCAUUCUCACUCACCGCCUUUUACUGCCUGAUUUGGUCGCUCUCCUACAUCUUCUUUCCAGAUGCCCUGUGGGGCAGAGGAGUUUGUAUUAAGCUCUAGCAUCAAGGGGGAAACCAACCACAGCUUCACCACUCCUGCAGGCUCUGUGGGCUCUGCACUUAGCAUGCUGGACCAAGACCUGCCCCAUGCUCACUAAAGCUUUCCUGGCGCCUGUGUUGUCA